CUCAGCGGUGACGUAGCGGAUAGAAAUGGCGUCAGAUUUGAAAAUUGAAACUAGCAGAGGUGGAGUUUGAAACGGUUGCUAUAGCGUUUGCUGUGAUUUUGCAUGUAACACAAUAUCAUUAGAAUACUAGUUUAGGAUAUUACUAUUGUGAAAAGAAUGAGGAGAAGGAGCAGCAGUAGUAGCGGCAAGUGCACGUCAAGACGGCGUAAUGACAGUUUGGGUUUUGACGAAUUUGGUUUCGCCCUGAGUAAGAAAAAAGACCAAAAACUGCAACAUCGAAGUCAUGAUUACAGCUACCCGCAACCAAACACCGUUAGGGUUAAGGAGUUGUGCGAACUUCUCAGCUACUGGAAUGGAUCCAGCUUCAUUUGCAGAAACCAGAUUGAACGUUUCAUCAGGAUUGGCAUCCCCCCUGCUCUCCGAGGGCAGGUGUGGAAGUGUCUCCUCAGCACGGAUGCCCUCAGGGACACCAGCUCUUUCAGUUACCAGAAGUGCCUGAGGGAGAUCCGGGGGCCCCUGGUCGACCUGGGGGUGAGCGAGUACAGCAUCCUCUCGGCCAUCGCCACCCUCAGCGAGACCGAGAACGAGAUGGGCUGCGCCCCCUCGCCCCCCCAGCCCCCCGAGGCCUCGGUCUUCUCCUGCAGCGACGUGGCCAUCUUCCGUCAGAUAGCGCUGGACCUCCAGAGGUCGUUUCCCACCCACCGCUCCCUCAUGGGCGACUCCGCGGAGGCCAUCGAAGGCCAGGCCAAGCUCUUCAGAGUGCUGACCGCCUACGCCAGGUACAACCCGCUCAUUGGCUACUGCCAAGGAAUGUCCUACAUCGCAGCAGUGCUUCUCAUGAACCUGGCUGAGGAGGAGGCGUUCUGGGCUCUUGUGGCACUGUUAGAGAAACCUAAAUACCUGUCAGGGCUGUUUGACCACUCACUGGACAAGAUCCAGCACCAGGCGAGGGUCUUCCACCAGCUCCUGAAGCACAGAAAACCCCAGCUCUCCCAGCACAUAGAGGAUUUGGGGGUGUCGUCGCUGCACUUUGUGAUGCCCUGGUUCCUGACGCUCUUCACCUCCCUGCCCUGCUGGGACUCGGUGCUGGCCGUGUGGGACCUCAUCAUGCUGCAGGGUCUCUUGGCCGUGUUCCGCGUGGGGCUGGCCGUGCUGGAGCUCCUGGAGCCCCGCCUCCUGCAGAUGACGGACGAGGGCCUGAUGCUGCCCACCCUGCUGCGAGUGCCUGUGGAAGUCUCUCAGCACUGCGUGCUGGUCCCUGCUCUGUGGGGCACGGAGGUGCAGGAGUGGGAGAUUGACUGCAUGAAUGGGCUGGUGCUGGAGGAGACCGGCGAGGGACGCCACCAGCAAGAGAAGGAGAGCGGCCCGUCGACGCCGCGGGCCGGCGCGGAGGACGGGAGGCGAGGGAAGGAGCGGCCCGCUCGGACGCCCGCGACGGAGGCCCGGAAGCCCGCGAAGAAAGAAGCGGGAGGCGGGGCUAAGAGCGUGUUCGCGCGCAUGCUGCGGACCGCCCGGCGCUACCUGGGGGACGUGGGCCGGGGGCUGAGCGCGGAGAGCAAGCCGUCCCCCCCGAAAAACGCCGCCGUCGCCGCCGCGGGCCGCUUUCCCAGGGGGGCUCGGCCCUCCUCCUCCCUCACGCGCGUGCAGAUGAGGUCCCGAAAGAAGAGCCAGAGGGGGACGUUCCAGCGGUCUGCAGCGGGACGGGUGAAGAAGGCAGCGCUCCCCUCUCAGGAUUCGGACGGAGGGGUCCCAGACCCGGGCCCGGAGCCGGCCCUGAGGAGGAGGAGCUCCGGCCCCGUGGGGCGGGUGGCGCGCCGCCGGAGCAGCUGCCACCCCCCGAGGGGGAGGUCCCUGCGCCUGCUCCGCCCCGCGGCCGGCACGGCCCCGCCCCCGAACCCCGGCACCCCGCCCCCCGACCCCGCCGACUCACCUGGAGCGUCGGCCUUCAGGUAAACUCCGACGCGACGCGCCGCCGCCGACGACGUCCCCGAGAGCGUGCGAGAGUCGCAGCUCAUCUGAGAGCGCGGGGGAGCGCUCCGUCUGCAGGACCGCCCCCUCUCCCUCUCCCUCCGCUCGCCGACCCGGACAGACGACCCCCCAGCCGCGCAGCUGACGCUGCGUAAACAUCGCGUCGGUGUCGCACCGCGCGCUACGCCACGCGCGACACCGUAGCUCACGUCAGAUCUGCGUGUUUGAGAGUCUCUCUCUUACACACAGAGAGGGGCUUGACCGUGAUUCCUGUACUCGUUUUAUUACUGUAAUUAUCCAUUGGUAUGCUCUCGGCGACCGCGCUGGCGGUUAGCGUGUUCUAUAAAACGAAGUGGCCUGGUUUCCAUCCAGCUCUCCGAGGCGGAGUUGACGAGCGCACGGCUCCACGUACGCUACACGCGACCGUCACGGGGGGAAGUAAUUGGGCGCCAUUAAAUUUAGCGUAAUUGCAGCCUAAUCGAGCGUAAAGCCUGAGGUGUGGCGUCUCCGUAAACUGUGUGUUAUCAUUAGUGUGUCAAGUAGGCCCUUCCACUGCUCAAGGCACUUUUUUACAAAGAUAUGCAGGAUUUAUGUGCUCUUCUUUUACGCACUUCCUUAUUGCACUGAAACUUCGUUCUGAAGCUGCACACACCGUUUGGGAAUGGAAAAACAGGCUAUUAUGGGAUAGCUUUUGUGUGGCCAUUGUUUUUAUCUCAACGUUUGUUCAUUUUAAAUUGUGUUUUGUAUGACUUUUGUCGCCGUAGUCGUGCAAAUGUCUGUUUUUAAUCUUCUUUGGUAAGUUGGUAAAAUAAUCUUCUUAUUUUAUAAUUGGUUUGGAAUAAUAAAUAAUAAAAUAUUUACACGUU